AGUUAUUUAUUAAUACAAUAUUUCUCAAUAAUCUUCAUAAUAUUUUACAAAUUAAUAAAACUAGUUAUUCAAAUAAAAUACACAGAUUUUACGGAACAAAAACAACACGAAGAUAAAUAACAAAUUCUUUAAAAGAAAAGAUAGCAGCAAGUGCUUAUUAUCAUUGCAAAACUUCGAUGUUAUGCACGCGUAUCAAUUUAUUUACUCAAAUCGUUCCGAAUAACUAUGAAGUUCUUUCGAAACGAUGAUCUUUUGUUUCUAUCCUAACGAAGAAUCAUAUGGUCAUUUUAAAACGAAAUGGUUGAGAGAUUUGAAAAAUGAAAUAUACCAUUGUAGCCUGACGUGACAUUUAUGAAAGGCUUCUCAUAAAAUACUUUCUUAUAAAUAUGUUUACCCACAAAAUCGUCAGUCAUGCGAGCCAAUUUUGGUCUUGUACAAUUACGUAUCUCCGUCGAAGUAAUGGUUAUAGAAGUCAUCGAUUUUUGUCCAGCGCCGGAAAUAAAGACGAGAAGCAGUUAUCGGAUAAAGGAAAUAUCAUUAAAGCAGAAAUGAAGAGCAUGAAAGAAUGCAAAAUACCUCUAGAUCAACGACUACCAAAGGAAAAACCAAGACUCCAGACUGUCCGCAUAUAUCGUUGGAACCCAGAAAAAAAGAAUGUGAAACCGUAUAUGCAACAGUUUAGUGUGGAUUUAAAUAAAUGUGGUACAAUGGUAUUAGACGUGUUGACGUUGAUAAAAGCAGAAUACGAUCCUACGUUGUCUUUUCGAAAAUCAUGUCGAGAAGGAAUUUGUGGAAUUUGCGCGAUGAACAUAAAUGGAGUCAAUACCUUGGCUUGCCUCACAAAAGUGAAGGAAUCGCCGAAGCCUAUAGUCUUGUAUCCUCUGCCCCACGCCUAUAUAAUUAGAGACUUAAUACCAGAUUUGUCGCACUUUUUGAAACAGUACGAGGAAAUCGAUCCGUUUUUAAAGCGUCCAGGAGAAGAAAAUUUCAUCGGGUUACGGCAAAUAUUGCAGAGUCCAAAAGAUAGAAAGAGGUUGGAUGGCUUAUACGACUGUAUACUUUGCGGAUGUUGUACGUUCGCUUGUCCACCGUAUUGGUGGCUCGGUGAAAAGUUCUUAGGUCCAGCAUCUCUUCUGCUGGCUUAUCGGUGGAUAAUAGAUUCACGGGAUAUGGGUCACAAAGAAAGACUUACUAAAUUGAGGGAUUAUUACUCGGUAUAUCGGUGUCACACUAUUUUCAAUUGUACCAAAACAUGCCCGAAGGGUUUGAAUCCAGGAAAAGCUAUAGCUCAAAUAAAACGAUUGUUAGCGGGACUUACUAAGAAAAAGAGACCGGAAAUGGAUACUUCGCUACCAAAUCCUUGCCAUGGUGACGAGAUAUACCCGUGUAGGAAGGAAUAGACUCGAGG